AUGCCUGAUUAACUGAUUUAAAUACGGAACGUAUUAUUGCUUACAGGCGCGCUAAAGUUUGUUGCCUGAGUCUUUCGUUUUAGGGCCGCGCAAAUUGUGUUUAUCAGAUCGGCGGCGAAGGAAGCAGCGACGUCAGCAGUGAAGUCGACUGAGACAGAGAGUCUAGCUCGACAGAUCGGGAGUUCCGAUCGUUCAGUCAGUAUUGGCAGCUCGUUGAGAACAGAGCGUUUUCUUUAUCGAUCGUAGACGUCGUGAUUUGCUUUUAGCUAAGACAGGCUAAGAAAUAUAUACAUAAACAAAUGCGGAAACCGAUUUGAAUGUUAAUUUUCGCGUACGAAAGUGAAUUGGAAUUGCUCGCCCAAAUUCGGCGGUUCAUUGAACGAAAAUCGCGGCAGAACUUGAGCCAAUAUUUAAACUAAUUUAUUGUAUUUGCCAUGGUGUUACCGGCUGCCUCGACAUUAUGCAAUGUAUUUACAUUUCUGCUGGCUGGCUCGCCAAUUUUCUACAGCGCCGCUCCGCGUGGAUCCUGUUCCACUUGCUGUGCCAUUAAGGAGCGCGAGGACAUAAAGUUCAUGCUGUACACCAGCCGGAACCGCAAUUCCGCACAACUGCUCCACCUGAGCGACGAUGCCCGGCUGGCACAGAGCAAUUUCAAUUUCAAUUACCCGCUGGCCAUCUAUCUGCACGGCUUCUCAGAAUCGGCCACCGGCGAGCGCCAGAGCAGCCAGGAGCUAAAGGACGCGUUUCUCAGGAGGGGCAACUACAAUGUCAUCCUCAUCGACUGGAGCGCGAUGACAGCGGUGCCCUGGUACUCGAAUGCCGUGGAGAAUCUGCCGGUGUCAGGUCGCUAUUUGGCCAGGUUCCUGCGAUUCCUGGUGGACAAGGGUUACCCGGCGAAGUACAUCCACCUAAUUGGUUUCAGUCUGGGCGCCGAGGUGGCCGGUUUCGCGGGCAAGCAGCUGCAGGAGUGGAGCAUCAAGCUGCCCAGGAUAACGGCACUCGAUCCAGCUCUGCCACUCUUCGAGGGCAACAGCUCCAAUCGCCGCUUGAGUCCCAGCGACGCUAGGUUCGUGGAUGUCAUCCACACCGAUGGCGGUCUCCUGGGCAACCCAGCGCCCAUGGGUCACGCGGACUUCUAUCCGAAUGGGGGACGACCUCUGCAGCCGGGUUGCGCCAAACAGAAUAUUGCCAACAACUGGCUGGGAAUCAUCGUCGGCUGCAGUCACCAGCGUGCCUGGGAAUACUUCGUGGAGAGCAUAGCCCAGCCCCGAGGUUUUCCCGCCCAACGUUGUGAGCCCUCCGAAAUGUUUGGCAUCUGCCGUGAACCAGGAGGCGGCGGUGUCUACAUGGGGAUGGGGGCGGAUCCCAGGAUUCGUGGCAAAUUCUAUCUGGAUACGAACGAUGCCAAGCCGUUUGGGCGGAGCAGCCGGCCGAGGGCAAUUGUCUCGCUGGCUCCUCGGCUGCCUAUUGCCUACAAAUUGCGACCUAAUGCCACCAGACAGCCAUCUGUCAGUCGGUGGGCCAUUGGCCAAAAGGAGCAGCAGCAGUACGAUGAGGAGGUGGACGUGGACGAGGACAACAACGCGCUGAGCAACAACAUUGACAGGUUCUCACUGACGUGAUGGAAUUUGCACGAUUCUCGAAGGAUACCGGGCAGGGUAAUUUCCCACACCCAAGUGUGUCCUUUAGCAGCGAAUGGGAUUUAUGUCGGCUGCUAUGUUGCAUUCGUGGGCAACAGUUCUUGUGAUCUUUCUUUUAAGUAUUUCUAGCACGUAAUCAGGGCAUUUGUAAGCCGUUUAAAUAAAUAUCCUUAGGUAUAAAUAGUUGAA